GCGAUGCCACGUCGAAGUGUCAGAUGUUGACGUAAACAAACUCUUCGCAACACACCGGUUUAAUUUUUUAUUUAAUGUAAAGAAGAAAAUAAAUAGACAUGGCAAAUCAAAACCCAGUGAAGAAUGAAGAUAUUUUAGAGAAUGAGUUCUAUCACCAGUUCUUGUCAGAAAAAUUCGAUGUGAAGGAACAUGCUAGCCAAGUCCUUCAAGGAUCUAUCGUGUCAGAGCAACUAGCAAAACUGGCAGACGGACUGUCUUUGCUUGACAAGGCGAUACAAAAUCAAGUAUCAGAACAUUAUGAAGAUCUUCUGAAACAUGCUAGUGGAAUUGAAACACUUGAAAAUGUUCUAUCCAUGAUGCAGAACCAUAUUCAAGGCUUUUCAGCGUCCAUUGAAAGACUGAAGACUAGAAUUAGUGAACCCCACAACAAGUUGCAAACACAAACAUUAAUGCUCAGCAGGCUGCAACUUUCAUGUGAACUUUUGAGGAGGAUCAUUCGGAUCUUGUCUCUAUCCAAGAGGCUUCAAGUCCAGUUGCAGGCAGGCCCCAAGGAAAUCACUAAAACUGCCCAAACCUUAAGUGAACUAGAUCAAUUGAGUAAGGAUGUCGACUUGUCAGGUGUGGAAAUCAUUGAAAAAGAUCAAAAACUGAUCCUUCAAGCCAGGAUUGAAGUAGAAAAACAAGCUAAAGUAAUGCUUCAAAAAGGUCUUGAAGCACAGAAUCAGAGUCAGGUUGGAACUGCCUUGCAAGUAUUUCAUAAUUUGGGAAUUUUGGAACCAACCGUGGAGUCUGUGUUGGAAAACGCUAGAGAAACACUUUACAGCGGACUGAAACGAGCCCUAGACGUUGAGCAGUUGUCACACUUUUCAACUAGCAGCAGUUCAAGCGGUCUUCACCAAGUCGAUGGCAAGUUCAAAGGCCCUGGACGAGUGGCAAUGCCGGUGACGGGAAGUAGUCCUGCCUUCAGGACGGCUCUCUGGUCCAACAUGGAAAAGUUAAUGGAUCAGAUUUUCAACAGUUGUGCUCAGGUGCAACAUUUGCAAAAAGUCCUGGCUAAAAAACGCGAUCCAGUUACUCACGUCUGCUUCCUGGAGGAACUCAACCAGAACCGCAACACGCAUUUAGUUCAGCGCUUCUGGACUGAAGUAACUGGUUUAUUGACGCAGGAAUUCAACAGAGCUGCCAACGAAUCCUCUCACAUCAAACAAGCCUUCGAAGCGGAAUAUCCGAAAUUGUUGAGAAUGUCGGCCGAUCUCUGGGGCAAGUUGACGCAGUUUCACCAGGAGAUCAGUUCCGCUUCCGGCAACUUGGGAACCGACGAAUAUCUCGACGAGGAGCAAAACACUACCGGAACUAAUCAAUUCAAUGCUGAAACUGCGUUGCGGCGGAGUCUGGCGACAUUCCAAAACGCCUACCUGUCUCGAUCGCUCUCGAGGCUUUUUGACCCCGUCAACCUCAUGUUCUCAUCCGGUGGGAACGAAGGACUUCCGUCGACGGAUGAGUGCGACAACCUCAUCAAAAUUAUUCAGAGUGAGUUGACGGUUUCGUUGGUGGAUAUCAAACUGGGUCAACUGGUGACGAAGAAUGUUACGAAAACGAUCCAGAUGAUGGCCGUUAAAGCCGAGCAGCUCCUCAUCUCCGAUGGAGAAGCUUCGCAGGUAAUCGGUCCGCCCACGGCCGCCCAGAGGACGAACGCCGGAGCUGUCAAUUUGCUGCACCAGUUUGACCGAAAUCUGAGACGGGCUAUCGUUUCCUUGCCGGGCCUUUCGGAAGAUUGCGUCGCCGCCGUGAUCGAUUCCCUCAAACACAUCGCCACUUUGAUGCGCAAUUCGAUCCAGCCGUUGCUGACGUCACUGACGGACGCCGUCGAAGCCAUCGUUUUGACGAUGCACGAUGAAGAUUUCUCCAGCCCUCAUCCGCCGGAAGAUGGAGCCGCAUCCGCACCCUGUUCGCUGUACAUGAAGGAGCUGCAAAGUUUUCUGUCGCGGUCGGCGGCCGACUACUUUUCCUUGUAUCAUUCGCCGGAUUUCCUCCGCGAAGAACUACGAGCGGUGGCGACCAGGUGUUUGGAUUUGUUUGUUCGUCACGCGAGUUUGUUGCGACCGCUGGGCGAUGGCGGCAAAAUGAAAUUGGCCGCCGAUUUCGCACAGAUGGAAUUGGCCAUUUCAUCGUUUUACGACCGUCCGACAGAGUUGGGCCGCUCCUAUCGAGUCUUGCGCUCCUUCCGCCCACUGCUCUUCCAGACUGUGGAACAUCUGGCCCAAUCGCCGACCGUCGGUGACGUCAUUCCUUACAGCCUUGUGUUGCACUUCCUGUUUGCUCGGGCACCGGCUGAAUUGAAAUCGCCUCACCAGGGAGCUGGGUGGUCGGUCGUUCGCUAUUCGAAAUGGCUGGACGAACACGCCACUGAAAAGGAACGCCUUUCGGUCAUCCAAGGCGCACUCGAGUCCUACGUCCAGGGCGUCAAGCAGCGGCAAGCGAAAGAAUUCGCCAAAGAAUACGCCAUUAUGGUCCAGCUCCUUCAAAAGGCCCUUGCCACUCUGUAAUAAAAUCGAAGAAUAAUAAAAACCUUUUCCGACCGUUUUGUC